AUGGUACUUGAACCUUCAAGUGAUUUUAUAGAAACCGAAUUGCCUUCGAAAAAAUUUUAUCAAGCAUUGACUGAUUAUUCUGAUUUUAUAGAGAAUGAGGCAUAUUGUAACACAAUCGAUCAUGUAGGAAACAAAAAGAUUCAAGUUAAAACUCUUUGUUCGAAAUUUUUACAUCUUUUACAAGAAAAAAAAAAUAUACUGGAACAAGCAGAUGUGAAGGGUAUGCAGUGUUAUCUUUUAUCUUAUUGGAUGUAUGAGCAAAUAGAAAGUAUAUAUGCAACGGAAAAGGGUACACCUAUUAUUAUUAUUUACGGUGAAUUUCAGCGUAUAUUCACUCAAAUUUUUAAAGAUGAAUUGAAAAUUAAUUCUCAACUAUGUAAUCUUGAUUUUAAUAUUGCUUCAUAUCGUCCAUGGAAAAAGGUAAAAGAGUUAUGCGAUUACUAUGUAGAUUAUGAUCACCUUCAUAGCAAGAUUACACCAACUAAUGGAAAUUGCAAAGCAUAUCGCGAUUAUAUUUUAGGAAAAAGCAAUUUAUAUUAUGAUUACCCCAUGAAUUGUAUAAAUCAUUCAGGGCUUAAAUGCCCAGAUUUUUAUGAUAAACUUUUAUCAUAUAAUCCUAAAAAAUUGUUAGGUACAAUAACAUGUGACCCAGUUAUUCCUAAAAAACAGAAAACUUUAGAUAUUACUCCUAAAACGUAUGGUGGUGCAACAACAUCUGGUAAGGUUCUCCUGGGAAUAGUCAUCACAUCUGUAUUAUUUGUAUUUUCAUAUAGAUUUUCACCUUUAGGAAGACAGUUACAAAAUAACUUUCCACAUAUUACAAAUAUGAUAAGAAAUUUCAGAGAAAAAGGAAAAAGAUUAUUCUCCGUAACUCCAGAGAAAUAUAACCCAUUUCGUGAGUAUUUGGAAGAAAAUUAUAUAGGAUACAACGCAGCAUAA